AUGCAUAUAGAGUGGAGCAGGUCCUCUAAUUGGCUGUCGCGCUUUCGUGUACUCGAUCGAGCCUCGUCUCAAACAGUGCCUCCUCGUAGCACCCCUCUCGAUAUGAACCCUACUCGAAGUAAUGGUACUGCACCGACUGCCUACCCUCUCAGCAAUGGCACUGGGCCACCUCCAAGGAGAAUGGUCAGGAAGAAGGUCGUAAACCCUUUCGCAACGGCCAGACAACCAGGACAAAUGCCCCAACUCAAUGGCCAACAAGCUCAAACACGUACAGGACCACCAGCUCCCACGAACCGACCACGACCCAUUCAAGGAACUAGCGAUCCAAAUUCUACCAAGCUUAGCGGGUUCAGCGAUCCAGCAGUGCAAGCAGGUAACAGACCAUACACUGAUUACAAGCUGGUGGUCAGUAAGAAGGACAUGCUGGAUGGUCUAAGAUACCAUAUCAUGCAACUCAAUGGCAACAAGGUCGUCGACAUUCGCGACCCUAAGCAAUUUCCUCCUCCUGCCCACCUUCACCGUCGCGACCCGCGAAGUGCUCCUGCUAAUGUUCCUCAAGAAGAGCAGGUAGACUUCAAGGAUGGCAUGACUGAGGCUGAGCGACAGACCAUGAAGGACAGAACCGAACAGCGCAAACUCGAGAGGGCUGCCAAUCUUGCUCAAAUCGCUCCGACGCAAGUCACACGUAAAGCGAAUGGUGGGAAGACAAAGACAAAGGCUGUGUUUAAGCGAGAGUACACGGAAGAGGAAAAGCGUCGGAUUCAAACAAAUUAUGAAGAGAAGCUGCCCUGGCAUUUGGAGGAUUUUGAGAACAAGCACUGUUUCGUGGGGCAGAACCAGGGUCCUUCGGCACGACGAUAUAUCGCUCUCGCACACGAGCCUGCGGCCGGUUCCACGGCAGGCAGGUUUCGUUUGAUUCCCGUCGAAAAGCUUUAUGAGUUUCAACUGAAGAAACGUCAGAUCCACCAAACUAUCGAGGAUGCUGAGGCUCAAAUGAAACGAAAAACACAAACUCCUGAAUGGUUGGAACAACUCGAGUAUAAAUCACAACUGCGAAAAGUCGUCCUCGAACGUGAGAGACAGCCUACAGUCUUCACUGGCGGAAGCAAGAACAACGACUUUGCUGGUCGAACUGGUGAGGACGUCGAUCUUGACUUUGACGAUUAUGAUGAUGGCGACCUCUUUGCCGACGACGAAGAAGGCGAUACCUCCAAGAUCAAAGACGAAGACGAAGCUCUUGCUGACAAAAGAAUCAGAGAAGACCAGCUUAAGGCGAACCUGUUCGAGAUGAAAGAGGAGGCAGACUAUGAUAAGGAAGAAGAAGACGAAAUCAAGCAAGAACAGGCUCGAAAGGAAUAUGGUCGUACUUACAGAAAAGGCUUGAGCAAGUACGAGCACAACUACAACGUGGCCGAUUCUGAUUCAGAAUACUCGUCUUCAGAUGAGGAGGAGGAUCCUGACGUGAAGAAACAACGUGAGGACAAAGAGGAAGAGAGACGCAAGGAGCUCGAAGCUGGCCAAUCUCUGCAGCCCGAUGGCACCAAACUGCUUGCUCCUGCUUCUGGUACAAACACCCCAUCGGGUCGAAGAGAGAAGGACUCGCUCGCCUCCAGUGACCGAGAAGGUGGUAAACUUAAAGCCAAUCGUAAGCGACCUGGCUCUCCAAACUUGUCCGAUGCUGGAUCUGGCACCGAUACCUCAACUCGAAACAAAAAGCCAAAGAUGAAGCACAUCUCAGGUGAACGACCUAUAUCUCGACCAGAUUCUCCAUCAGGCACCAAGCUUAAGAUCCGUGCUUCGGGUGCUGGCAGCGACACCGACGCAGCAGCAUCUGAUUCACAGGCGAGAAGACUCAAGCUCAAACACAAAUCUUCGAACGCACCAUCACGAACCGCUUCUCCUGCACCCGGAGCUGUGCGCACACCCACCGCCUCUUCCCCAGCGCCUGUCAGAAUGCCCUCUGUUGAGGACAUGGCCAAUGUCCUCCGCCAACACCCAGAAGGUAUUACCGUCGCUGCAUUCGUGCGCCUAUGCGCGAAUCACCUGCCCAACGAGCGACGCAAGGAGAUCAUAGCAAUCGCAAAGCCGAUCUUGAAGAUAGUGCCACAAGCAGACAACACGAAAUUGCUAUUCUUGAAGGACAGCCUUCCUGCUUAG